ACAAAACCAGGCUGGAUACGAGAGAGGGCGCACUGAAACACACAAGUACGAAACAUUGCAAACAGCAGCCAGUUAACCUGCGCCUUCCCUAAAUCGCUGAUUUAGAAUCCAAUCAAGGACACCUUUCCUCGGUACUGCACUUGGAUUGUUAGCUGCUUGCUUUCUUUCACGGACAGUUUUUUCUGUCUUCUCUGGGAGUCGUUUCUGUGAACAGAAGUGGAACUUUUUAUAGUUGUCAGUUUGUUAUUAUUGUACAUUUGACAAGGACAAUACACGUGUACAUUACAUAAUAGGAGACAUUUUUAUUUUUAAAGUGGGAGUAUUGCACAAAGAUUUACUUUGAUCGUGAAGAUAUUAGGCUAUAGAACUGUACUUCAAGAAACGUUGCUGUUUUUUCUCUAAUGGUAAGAGAUUGUUUUUUAUAGACGCGCGAGUAAGUGAUCAUACAGUACGUGUAAAGACUUGAACAAGUUAAAAAUGCCUCGACCGGGGAAAAACUCGUACAGUGACCAGAAACCUCCUUAUUCUUACAUAUCCCUUACUGCAAUGGCUAUCCAAAGCUCCCAAGAAAAGAUGCUCCCGUUGAGUGACAUUUAUAAAUUUAUAAUGGACAGGUUUCCUUAUUACAGGGAAAAUACGCAGAGAUGGCAAAACUCCUUGAGGCACAACCUAUCAUUUAAUGACUGCUUCAUCAAGAUCCCAAGAAGGCCAGAUCAGCCCGGUAAGGGGAGUUUCUGGGCUCUGCACCCAAACUGCGGGGACAUGUUUGAGAACGGCAGUUUCUUGAGAAGACGAAAGAGGUUCAAACUUAUCAGAGCUGAGCACCUGGCGUCCAAAAACUCUCAGAUGCUCCACUAUUUCCACCAUCACCACCACCAGAACAAACUGGGCAUCGGGCCACCUGAGGCUGCUGCAGGUGUUGGGAGACUGCCCCAGUUCCAAACUUACAGCAUUAACGGAGGACAGUCGACUGGAUUUAAACAUCCCUUUGCUAUUGAAAACAUCAUAGGAAGGGACUACAAAGGUAUGAUGGCUGGUGGACUUCCUAUAGCGUCAGUGAUGCAUCACCUUGGGUACCCAGUCCCCAGUCAAAUAAGCAACAUGGUGAAUUCAAUGUGGCCUCACGUUGGCAUGCUAGAGUCUAUGGCCCCGAUGCCAAUCUCUCCAGAUUAUGGACACUUUGGGGUACCCAUGAAGACACUCUGCCACCCAGCCAGCCAAACGAUGCCAGCUGUCCCGGUUCCAAUAAAGCCGACCCCUUCUCUGGCAGCGGUCUCUGCAAUGUCUAAUCUCGCUAGGAGUCCGACACAACUCUGCUCAUCAUCAACUUCUUCCCUGCUUGGUCAAACUCUUUCAGACUCCACAGAAGGAAAAAAUAACUUAUUGCACCCACCUGUCGUCCAUUCUUAAGAACGAUCUGGGACUGGGACUGUCACUUACAGACAAAUACAUUCAAAGUAUAUGCUUUUCGAACAAACAAUUUAAAAAAAAACAGUUCUGUGUUGAAAGGUAAACAGCAGGUAAGGUAUUUAGUUAUGGCAAUUCGAUGCUAAAUUUGAUGUUUUUAAUUUAAAAACAAUACAAAUAGCAUUGUCCCCAAAUAUAAAUUAAUUCCUAAUUAUAAUGUAUUUAGUCAUGAAUGAAACACAUGGGUUGCUCAUUCCGGGUUACCUUGUAUCCAAUAUAGACCCUCUGUUGUAUUAUCUAUCUGCAACACAGGAUAUACGAAGUUGAUUUUAUGGCUAUUUACUGGGCAUCUUAGUAUUGUUUUCUACAAGUUUUAAAAUAAAGUCUAGUUGACAGAAAAAUAAUAAAACAGGUUUUAAUGCAUUUAAGGGAGUAGUUUCUGUAUCUUACUAAGAACGUUUAAUUGUUUAGGAUAUUUAUGUUUGCUUUUAGUGGAUUUUUCUUCAUGAAAUUAUACUUGAAAUUUGUCAAAUUUUUGUAAAUGUAUUUUCGCCAUAACUAAUAUACUUUGUUAAAACUGCAAUUUUUUAAACAAAUGUGAAGUUUAGUCAUAUAAGAUUUUUUAUAAGAUGUUUAUUAAGAGGUUUCGCUCUCUUGCAACUAUAAAACAUGAAUAAACUAUUUUGUCGUCAGUACCUAAACAAAGGAAAAGGAAAUCCAAGUUGUAUUAUAAUAGCCUAAAUAAAUAAUUUUACUAUUGUGAGAUUUUAAAAAGCACUUUAAUGUCUACCUGCCAGUCGCAAUUGUAUUUUUUCAAAAUAUGUUUUAUAAUUUGAUUUUCUGGCAAAUGUUCCUGAUGCCGUGUUUGCUAUAGUAUUCGUGAAUAUUAUUAAGCCUUUUGUGUGUAUUAUAUUGGAAAUCAAUACUUUUUAUUAAAAUGUAUAAA